AUGCCAUUUCUAAAAAUGGACUUCACUUCUUACGACAAUUCUGAAGGGAUUUCAAAGAAACUUGAAUGUUUGUUUUCCAACAUUUCUCGUCCAUUCCGCUACGUUAGUCUUUGUCUAUUCUUACAUGGACCAUUCAUAACACCUAAAAACAGAUGGCAAAAGUUCCUGCGUGCCGCACAGAUAGCAUGGACCGUAGGUCUGAGCUUGUUCCUCCUUGGUGCUGCCGUGAUCUCCAUGUACAAAAUGUCACCCGUGUAUUAUUUUGUCUAUUUAUUCGGGUGUAUAGACUAUUUUUUUCUGCUUUAUUGGAAUCGAUCGACGAAAAACGAUGAAUAUUCGAAGCGAUUGAGAAAGAGCUCGAUUGGUAUUGGUUCUUUGAAAAAUGCAAAACAAAUCCUACGAAGAAAGAAUGUCUCAGUUGUGAUCGGCGGUGCAUGUUCAAUUGUUGUGUUUGUGCUGAUUACUGCAGACGUGCUACCAGUCGCCAGACAUUACAUUCGUGGACACGCUCAACUUUUGAAACUAUUCGGUGCUGUUAAAGGACCGCUAAGGCGAGAAAUAAUGUUUGUUAUUGGAUUGCGUCAAGGCAUACUUUUGUGGAAGAGGAUAGUUGCUUCUAUAGCCGGGACAAAACGUCGUGAAGCUUGGUGCCGCUGCGUAGGCGGCUGCUCUAAAGACUGGAAUAUGCGUGAGUCUAGUCUCCUACUUAGAGAUAUAAAAACCUAUUUUAAAACAAUAUGGAUCAUUGUUGCUCCGAUUCUACUUCUUCCUUUGGCAUUUCUUGGAGAGGAAGGAAAAUGUGCCUAUUGUAUCCUGGUUAUGUCAUGUUAUUGGGUCGGUGAAGUGGUACCAUUAGCGGUGACCGCAUUUCUACCGUUGGUGAUUUUGCCAACGCUUGGUGUGAUGAGCAUUAAGAAAAUCGCUGAAUCCUAUUUGACAGACACUAACAUGAUGUUUGUCACUAGUUUGAUGUUAUCGUUGGCUGUCGAAGAGUGCAACUUACACAAACGGAUAGCGUUAAAAAUGUUGACCUUCGUAGGGGCAAAACCCCAAUGGUUAAUGGCAGGAUUUAUGUUGAUCACCUCGUUUAUAUCACUUUGGAUAUCGGACACGGCUUGCGCAGCGCUGAUGUCACCGAUUGCUUACGCUCUCCUUGAAGCUAUUAUGAUCCAUAAAAUGGCGGCAUUUACUGAAAAAUCAUGGACUGGAGAUAGCAUAGUAAUGCAAGAGAGUGGAGAGAUGAAGAGGGAGAAGGAAACAGAAUUGGAUGUCUCACGGUUAUCGAAAAGGGAUCAAGGCAUUUGCAAAUGUAUUAUGCUCAUUGUCGCUCACGCAUCGUUGAUAGGUGGUACAGGCACAAUCAAUUCGACCGGACCGAAUCUCAUAUUCAGGGAUACUCUUGAAAAAUUCUAUCCUGGGGAAGAUACUGGCAUCAGUUAUCUUUCGUGGAUGGCGUUUGCCAUACCGCCGAUGGUCGGCUACAUGUUUGCCUCUUGGAUGAUAGUACAGAUACAAUUUCUUGGCUUCCGUCACAUUUCACGGAUAUUCAAACCAUCUACAGAUGAGGAAAAAACUGAUGAAGAAUAUGUUAGGAAGGCUGUGGACACCGCAUACAACGAUCUUGGACCGAUCACGUUCGCUGAGAAAUCUACACUCGUGAUUUUUGUGUUGACAGUAACAUCAUGGAUUACUAGCGAUCCUAAAGUUGUGGAUGGAUGGGCAACGUUCUUCAAAAAAGGAUAUGUUACGGACUCGUGUUCAGGAAUGUUAGCAGUCUUCGUACUUUUCGUAUGGCCUCGAGAAAUGCCAGAUUUUUUCUUUCUUCGAUCUAAAUCCGAUCGCGAUCGUCCUUCUACCAAACGUGAAGCUUUGCUUACUUGGGAUGCUGUGAGACGGCGUUUUCCAUGGUCUGUCAUCCUUCUUCUUGGUGCCGGUUUCGCUAUUUCAAAAAGUGUGAAGGAAAGUGGCCUUUCAACAUUGAUCGCUUGCAAUAUGCAGAGCAUCCUGUCGGGAUUCCCGUUGUUUGUCAUGCAGGCUUUCAUCAAUCUAAUCACAGUUGUGCUCACGGAAUUCUCCACUAAUUCAGCUACUGCUAGUAUUCUUAUCCCGAUUGCAUUUAAUAUCGCUGAGUCAGUGCGUGCACAUCCGCUCUACUUCUCUAUACCAGCAGCUAUAGGCCCGUCAUUUUCUUUCAUGUUACCGAUGGCAACGCCUCCAAAUGCUAUCGUCUAUGAAACUGGAACGAUGAGGAUGAUAGAUAUGGUGUCAUCUGGUGUGUUCCUCAAUAUCUUUUGUAUUGCUAUCACGGUGUUGAACAUGAACACAUGGGCGUACUGGCUCUUUUCUAUGGGUACCUAUCCGGAAUACGUGUUCCUUCAUAACAACACGUCUCCUUGUCAUUGA